UGACAAGAAUUCAAAUAGAUAAUCAAAUUAAAGAUAUUUUGUUCAAAUAAUUGAAUUUGUAAUCAAAUAAAAUGUUGGAAAACAAUCAACAACCAAAUAGUGAUCAAGAUCGUCCAUUGAAAGUGUUUAUUACUGCAAUGUUAGCUACUGGUCAUUUUAAUUCUUGUCUUGGUAUUGGAUCACUUUUAAAGAAACGCGGACAUGAUAUUUACUUUGCUCAUCUACCCAAGAAUCAAUCAAUUAUUGAACAACAAGGGAUGAAGUUCGUUAAUUUACUUGAUUACUCGAGUGAAAUUGUUCCUGUUGAAGAUACUUUCCUUGCUAACAUUGAAAGGUUCAAUAAACAGUUCGAAGAUGCUUGUGAAUCUAGUCCUCUCGAACAGCUAAAGAUUGGAAAAGGUAUAAAUAAGUUGGCAUCUUUUUUUCAUAACACAACCGGAACAAUUGUGAAAGAAAGUGAAGUGAUGGUUAAAUUGGUGGAUGAAUUGAAACCCGAUGUUUGUAUUGGUGAUUAUGUUUUUCCAACUCCUUGGAUGGAAUUUGUCGAUGUACCAACUAUUCACGUAAUGUCAGUGUCACCUUUAGAUCUUUACGAUGGCCCACCAACAGGUUCAGGGUAUUCGAUUAAUGAUCCACUAAAACUUUGGAAAGAGUUUUCAGUUAGGGCGGAGGAAGGUAAGGAAAGAAUAGCAAUGAUUGCUGCAGAGAUAUUCGAGCAUUUUGGCAUUGUGUAUAUGAAAGAUGCGAGCCCGAAAUAUUUGGGUAUCUACAUUUACCCCAAGCCUUUGGACUAUAAAGAAUUGGGUCAACCUAAACCUCGAUGGAUUAGACUUGAUUCAGCGGUUCGAUUACCAGAGACAAGUGAUUUUAUUAUUCCUGAGAAAUUAGCAAACAAACCAGGAAAACUAAUCUACCUUUCAAUGGGAACUCUCGCUUCUAUCAAUCCUGACUUGCUGAAUCUAUUGCUCGAACCAUUGGCUAAAUCACCACAUCGAUUUAUAAUCUCUACCGGAAGAAACGGAGAUCAAGUCAAAUUAUACGACAAUAUGUGGGGCGAUAAGUUUGUCAAUCAAAUCGCCAUCUUACCUCACGUCGAUCUGUUCAUCACUCAUGCAGGAUCAAAUUCACUUAUUGAAGGUCUGGCAGCAGCAAAACCUCUGAUUUCAAUUCCAGUGUUCGGUGACCAGCAGGAUAACGCUCAAAGAGUUGUUGAUCUUGGAUUAGGGGCCAAAAUCAACCUGUGGGAGUUCGAUGGAGAUAAAUUCCUCGAAACUAUUGAGAAUUUAUUGGCUGAUGAGAUAAUCCAAAGAAAUGUAGCCCUAAUAUCUAAAGAAUUCAAAAAUCAGACUCAUCGGAUAAAGUUUGUAAAACCAUCGAGCAAAUUGCAAGAACAAAAAAACCAAUUGAUAAACUAUUGUAAUUUUUUUCAGACAGAAAACAAAAAAUUAUAUUCGUUCUGA